AUGGCACUGGCGCUUAACAUUUCAAGUCCACUUCACUGUAUUGGAGCUGGCGCUUGCGGCAGUGUCUGGUCGACUGCCGCAACCAACGAUGAUAGUCAGGCGGUAGCAUUCAAACGGGAAGACGGAAACGUGGGAAGAUCUUUGCUAAACGAUUUUGAGAAGCAUAAACGACUCGCAAGUAACGUAGUCAACUGUCCGCCAGAGGUCCGCUCAUUUCUACUUCCUCACUACCACGGCUUCCUCGGAGCAAACUCGGUGAACGAGGAUCUUCUGUGCCGGUUUCCGGAUGGCUUUCGCAAGCCAUGCAACACGUUGACAAUGGAGCGCAUCCCACCAUUGGGUAGGCCUGUACGGGACUUCAUUGCCGAGAUGUUCUGUCCGCCGAGUAUGGUUCAAACGGUCAAACAGGACAUUAGAUCUAGAGACUGCCUAGUGAGGCCCUACCUCGGCCGCAGACGACACGCUCCCUUGAUAUUGAAGUCAUUCACUCUGCGCAACUACAUUCUGACAGUCGACCAGAUGGAGGUACUGGGCUUAGACAAGGAUACAUACGCGAAGGCUAUGGCAGAGGCACUUGCUUUCAUGCAUUGGAGUGCUCAAAUAGAUGCAGAUGAUGUGGAGUUUAUCCUCGCACCACCUCGGGAGAGCACAGAUGCGCGCUGUUUCUGUUCGGGCUCGCUUGGAUGUCAUUCUCUGUGGAUUCUUGAUUUCGAUCGAUGCCGAGCAAUGCCAAUGAACGAGGAAGGCAUAUUACUGGCAACCACGGCAUUCUACAGGAACGACCUCUACUUCCCCAGGCCUGGACGAGAACACAUAGAAGAUCAGAGACUAUGGCAAGUCUUCAAGGCUAGAUUUCUGGAAGCCAGCACAGUAAUCAUUAAUUCCGGAGAAACAAAUAUUGAUCAGAGCCUGCCAGCCAAACUCGUGGCGCAGAUCGAAGCUCAUCAUCCUCAAAGAGGAGGGAAAAUUGAGCCCUCUUUGACAUGA